CUCUAGAGGAGUUGCAUAUAAACACAGAUAGAUACACAAAUAUACAUAUAUAUAUAUAUACAUAUAUGCAUAUAUGGUAGCUGCAUACAGAUACAAUUGUGGUUGGCUUUCAGAUUUUCUAUCUUCAACCUUCUAUAGCUUUUCUAAGGUUCCUUUUUGCUCAAGAAGGGAUGGCAGGAAAGGGUGGUCGAUCUCUUGAGGAAACACCGACAUGGGCAGUUGCAGUAGUGUGUUUUGUGCUCGUGGCGAUUUCAAUUAUCAUCGAGCACAUUCUCCAUCUUUUAGGAAAGUGGCUGUCUAUGAGAAACAAGAAGGCUCUAUACGAAGCACUGGAGAAGAUCAAAUCAGAGCUCAUGCUGCUUGGAUUCCUAUCACUGCUGUUAACAGUAGGACAAGGGCCUAUAUCUAAAAUAUGUGUAUCUAACAAGAUCGGAAAUUCUUGGCAUCCAUGUAAUAAGGACCAAGAAAAGCACAAAUAUGACCACGGGAAGGGAAAGGAUUAUGAUGAUGGUGAACACAGGAGAAGGCUGCUGCUAGAAUAUAAUCAAUAUAUGGAUACUAGUUGGGUACAGAGACGGGUUCUGGCUGGCGGAGGAAAAGACGUAUGCGCAGACAAGGGACAAGUCCCUCUAAUCUCAUCAGAUGGAAUCCACCAAUUGCAUAUAUUCAUCUUCGUGUUAGCUGUUUUUCAUGUGAUUUGCUGUUUGAUCACUUUGGCUCUAGGAAGAUUAAAGAUGAGGAAAUGGAAAGCAUGGGAGGAAGACACAAAAACAGCAGAGUAUCAAUAUGAACACGAUCCAGAAAGAUUUAGGUUUGCUAGGGACACCUCAUUCGGGCGAAGACAUAUGAGUUUUUGGAGUCAAUCCCCUAUCCUACUUUGGGUGGUAUGUUUCUUACGACAGUUCGUAAGAUCUGUUCCAAAGGUGGAUUAUUUGACUCUGCGGCAUGGAUUCAUCAUUGCUCAUUUGGCACCACAGAGUCAAACUAACUUCGAUUUCCAGAACUACAUAAAAAGAACACUCGAAGAAGAUUUCAAAGUUGUAGUAGGCAUCAGUCCACCGAUAUGGUUAUUUGCAGUACUAUUCUUGCUGUUCAACACCCAUGGUUGGAGAUCCUAUCUGUGGCUGCCAUUUAUCCCUCUUAUUAUUAUAUUGUUGGUGGGAACAAAACUUCAAGUCAUCAUCACGAUGAUGGGAUUAAGAUUUCAAAAAAGAGGCGAGAUAGUUAAAGGAGCCCCAGUAGUCCAACCCGGCGACAAUCUGUUUUGGUUCAACCGUCCCCGGCUCCUCCUUUACCUAAUCCAGUUUGUUUUCUUUCAGAAUGCAUUUCAGCUUGCCUUCUUUACUUGGGCGUGGGUAAGUGCUUUUCAGCAUAUCAUCUUUUCGAUUAUCACCACUGCAAUUUUUACCAGAUUUCAAAAUGAUACAAUUCCUUCCAUAAACGUGCAGCUGCAAUUCGGGAGGCGAUCCUGCUUCCAUCAAAGAACAGAAGAUGUGGUCAUCAGAAUAUCCAUGGGGGUUCUCGUACAAAUACUCUGCAGCUAUGUUACACUUCCACUCUAUGCAUUAGUCACACAGAUGGGAUCGAACAUGAAACCAACCAUAUUUAACGAAAGAGUAGCAAAAGCUCUUCAAUCAUGGCACCAAACAGCAAGGAAGCAGAUAAAGAAGAAUCGGCAACAGGGAUUAGGGAUUGGGACGCCAAUGUCAAGCAUUCCAAGCACUCCACGUCACAUCUCAUCACCACCUCCGAGCUUGUUGCCUUCUUCCUACACAACUGAGGUCGAGACAUUGAAGACUUUCACGAGGAAUUGCAGUUAUGUAACUGAACAAUGGCCAGCAGAACCAGACUACGACUCACUGUCUCAGCACAGAAACUUCGAACAAGUUGAAGAUGAGAAUGAUGCACAAGAAAGUUCAAGUCAUGUAGAUUUCCAGACCGGUCAGCUGCAUCUUGAGAUCAAUGCGCCGCCAGAUUUCUCCUUCAACAAGAAUUCAAAAGCUUAGAUUACAUACAGGCAUCAGAACAUUGGAAGUUCAUAGAUUACCAGCAUGGCUCUCAUGUUUGGAGGGUGCUUGCUGCUAAUAAAAAUACUCGAGUACAAGCCAAAAUUCGACCAGUUCCCAGGAGAUUUUAUUCUAAUGCAUUAUGAAUUCAUCC